AUGGAUACCACGGAUUUCCAGCAAACGCUUCUUGACGAGCUUGAAGAUCUUUACUCGGGCGAGAUCGGGGAGUCCAGCUUGCCACCUUUGAGAUACUCAACAGGCUCAGCCCUGUCCCCGAUUUUCUCAGAAGGAUCUGGCGAGACCUCGCCGAUCACACCCAUCCAAGUGGAUGCGCCAAUUAUCACUCGAAAGUUCGAGAACACAUCUUGCAAAGCUGGUGAGCGUGUUGUCCUCGAAGUUGAGUACAUUGGAAACAACGUUGACGUUGCCUGGUAUCGAAAUGGAACUGCUCUUGAUGCUUCUAGCGGCCGUGCUGAAGUCGUUAAUGACAUCGGCUACACUGCUUUGAUCAUUUCUUCUGCUGAUCAUCUCGGAUCUUCUGGAAACUAUUCCGUCACUCUCCAGAACGCAGCUGGCUCUGCUUCAAAUGCUGCUGACCUCACUGUCGAGGGAUCUCCACCAGAGGUUGUUGAGCGACCAGAGGGCGGCAACUAUAAGAUCGGUUCUGAGGUCAAACUUGCCGGCAAGGUCGUCGGUCAGCCAACCCCACAGGUUCACUGGGAAUUCAACUCGGAAGAAAUCAUCGACACCCGAUUCAAGAUGUACCAAGAUGCUGGUUAUUGCUGCUUGGAGUUCGAGUCCGCUACCGCCAAGGAUAGCGGCAAAUACACCAUGGUUGCCGAAAACGAGCUCGGCGAGGCGCGAUGGACCGUCACCAUCAAUGUCAGUGUUGAUGAUAGACCAACAUCUGCUUCCUCUCAGCGUUCAGUUGAUGUGAUCACCCACCAGCGGCUUAGCCAGGAUGGUCACGUAGUUGUCACCAAUGAAGAGGUCGAGGUCGACCCGUCAACUCGCCCAGCGACUAAAAAGAUAUCUCCUCCAAUCGCAUCUCCUCCAGCUUCGGCCAAACGAGAGACUCCCCCAGAGAAGAAGAAGGCCGCGCCUAAACAACUUCCUAAGCAGGAGGAGAAACCAGAAGAAAUGCCCAAGUUAAAGCCUAUUAAAACUAAGCCUGUCGAGGCGGCUCCCCCAGCUGAAAAGAUACAGCUGAAGCCAGCUGGUAAGGGUGUUAAAGAGCAAGAAGAGCCUCUUAAAUUUCCUGAACUCAAAAAGCGCGCAAGCCCAACGAGCCCAACCUCACCAGAUUUCAUCAAAUUUGACAAGGUCGAAGAAGAAAAGAAAGCCCGCAAGUCAACUAAGAAGCCCUUGAAGCUUAACAUUCCCGGCAAAGAAAAGCGAACUUCUGUCAACGCUGCACGACUUUCCAAGCCCGUGGAACUUCUCACUCCUCUUCCAGAUGCCGGCAAACCUCUGUUUGUCAUUGCUCCUGAAGACGCCGAGUUCACCAUCGGUGAAGCCGCUGAAGUCAAAUGCCGAAUCGCUGGUGAUCCCAAGCCCGAAAUCCAGUGGUACAAGGGCAAGUGGGGCAAGCUCAGCGCUGUUGGUCGAAUUUCUAUCGACUUCAACGUUGAGUCUGGAAUCUCUACUUUGAACAUCAAGAAAAUCCAGAAGCCCGACAAGGGAACUUACCGAUGUGUUGCCAAGAACGACAAGGGAGAAGCAGAAGCUAGCUUCACUCUCAAUGUUGUUGAAAAGGCUCAAGUACGAGAGUCUGUCGAUCGAUUUGCUCUCAAGCCAAAGAAGCCCGUCGUCAAGGAUGAUAUGAACGAGUUCGAUACCGUGAAGAUGCUCCGAGAUGUCGAUCCCAAGGAAUACGAAAAGUACGCCAACCACUUCGGUGUCAAAGAUUUCCGACACUUGCUCACCACUUAUGAAGAAGUGGCCGCCAAUGUCGAGUCGGAAGAAAUCGAUGAAGUCGAAAAUCUUCCCACUCCCGAAUCCGCCAUCUCUUUGGUUCCCGAAGAAGAAAUCUGGCAAAAAUGCAUCGAAGCCGUUGGCAAAGAGCCCGUUGACAUUCUCCAGGAUAUUCGAGAUGUCAUUGCUGUUGCCCAGGGUGAUGCUAUCUUUGAAGCUGAGAUUCGCAUCAAUGUUCCUAACGUCGACGUCAAGUGGUUCAAGGAGGACACUCAACUUGAAGAAGGCGAGAAGUACCACAUGAGCCACGAUGGUGAAAGCCACUCGUUGGUUAUCAAGAACGUCACCGAAGAGGACAAGGGUGAAUACCGCAUCGAAGCUGGCCCAGCCAAGUCUACCGCCAAUCUUGAAGUAAAGGGUGAGUCACGCAAGCCGCCGCAAAAACAGGCCAAAACACCUGUAAAAGUCAGUAACAGGCAAAGCCCUGUUCCCAAAACUGAAAUCAAGAAGGAAAUUCAAACUGCGCCCCCUAAAACUAUCGUAAAACAAGAGGUUCCGCCAAAACCUAAGGUUGUGGAAGUUCCCAAACCACAGUCCCCCGUCCAGAUAGACGAGCCCGCGAGAGAGGAGAUUCCUAAACCGAAAGAAAUCAAAAAAGUUGAGAGUGCACGUGUUCCAUCGCCCGAGCCUAUUAUUGAAAUCAAGAAGGAGAAACCCGUUGAGCGUGUUAACAGAGUUUCCCCCGAACCAGAAGUUCUGUCGGAAACUCCCCAGAAAUCAAAGGAGAGAGCAAAAACACCAGAACGACCGAAGACACCCGUCGAGCGGCCAAAAACGCCACCUCCGCCGCCACGCACUCCUACUCCUCCUCCACCAACUCCACCGCCAGGAGAGCCAAUUUCAUUCGUCAAGGAGUUGAAAUCUACAUCAGCGAUGCUGGGAACGAAAUUCAGCUUUUCAUCAACGACGAAUUAUGCCGACCUUGAAGCGACUUGGUACUUGAAUGGCGAAAAGAUCCCGAUCUACAAGACAAUGGCAGAAUAUUACAGAACGGAUCAAGGGCAAAAAUUCCCAUUUGUUGCUGUCAAAUCAAAGGGAAACAAGCAUUCUCUGGAAUGCGACGAAGCGAUUGAACGAUUCGCUGGAACAUACACGGUCGAGGUGUCAAACGAAGAUGGUGAAAAGGCGAAAUCUGAAGCGCAACUGAAAGUGCUUUAUGAGCCACCAGUAUUUUUGAAGAAUCUGGAAGAUCAACAUGUUGAUGAAGGAAAGAAGAUCAAUUUCAUUUGUCGAAUCGACGAUCCGAAUCAAGAGGUGGUCUGGUAUUUCAGGGAUUCAAGUGAUCGAGUUACGUACAUCAACCCACGUGACAAAGCUUCAAGCUUCAACGUCCAAGAAGAUGGAAAGGGUGGACACUCAUUGUCACUCACUGCGAAGAAAUUCUUGGAAGGCGAAGUCACCUGCAGAAUGGAUUUUGGCAAAUCGACUGGUAGCCAACGAGACUUGCUCAUUGCAACCAGUGCAAAACUGACAGUCAUCGCCAACGCUCCACCACCGAGAUUCGACUCUCCACUCCGAGACCUUGUCAAGAAUCGACGAGACCGAGUUGAGUUUGAAUGCUCUGUUUCCGAUCCUGAUGCUCCUGUUGUUUGGUUCAAGGGCGACCGAGAACUUCGACCUGCUGCGGAAUACGAUUUCGAAUCUAAAGGUCGCGCGAGAAAGCUUGUCAUCAAAAAUGCCACUUUCGACGAUGCAGGACGAUAUUCUUGCGAAAUGGGAGAAGAAAAGACCAGCGCUUCGUUGAAGGUGAACGAGCUCGAGCUCAAGGUUAUCAAGUCUCUCGCCAACGUUGAAUGCCCACUCGAUGGCGAUGCUAUUUUCGACACGGUUCUCAACUCAAAAAACGCUGAACCUCUUUGGAAGAAAGAUGGCGCUCCUCUCCGGGAAAGCGAUGACGUUGAAAUGCUGGAAGAGCAAGUUGAGGGUGGAAUACGAUAUCGACUUAUUUUGCGAAAACAGACUGUUGACGACUCUGGAGAAAUUACUUUUUCUGCUCUAGGCAACCAAGCGAAGCAGAAGGCUUCGCUCAAUGUAAAAGAUUUGCCUCUUGGAUUCACUCUAAACAUGGACGAUCAAAUCGUAAAACCUGGAGAAACCGCACGCUUUGAAACAAACGUCACUCGCCGGGAUGCAGUUGCUAGAUGGACUGCUGGUGGAAAGCCGGUCCAGAAUAGCGCCAAGUUCAGAGUUACCUCUCGUGGCUUUACCAGGAAAUUGACAAUCGAAGACUGUGACGGUGUUAAAGAUAACUACGAAGUUGUCUGCACAGUUGAGGAGGCAGGCGAGACUGCCUCGACCAAGGCCAAUCUGAAAACCACUGCUCCUGGAUUCGCAAAGGGAAUCGAAGCCGAGACCCAUGCCGAAGAGAACGACAAAUGCGUCUUCAUCGAUUGCGAGGUUGGAGUUCCAACUACCGAGGUCAGUUGGUACUACCGAGGCCCAGCCUUCGCCAAUGAGCUCUCUGAUGCGGAGUUCCCAAUCAACCAGACUGCCGAGCUCUGCUGCGAUGUCAACUUCCCCGAGCUCGUCGUUGUUUGGGACAAGGACGGCCAGGAGAUUCAGGAUGGUGGCAAGUACAAAAUGGGUACUGAUGGCUACCGACGAACUUUGGCUAUUGCUGAUGCUGACGAGAGUGACAGUGGUGUUUACACUGCUACUCUCAAGGACGGUACAAAAUCAUCCGCCAAUGUCAAGGUUGUUGCUGCUCCAGCAAUGACUUACACUCCUCCGCCAGUUUACCGAGGUACUGUUGAAGGAUACGAGCUUGAUAACAGCUGGAAGAAACUCUCCGACACCGACCGACUUAGCGUCAAGGCUAACGGUACUAACAGAAAGAUCGAAAUUAGAGACGUCAAGGCUUCUGAUGCCGGUGAAUAUUGCUGCGCCACUCCUGAUGCCAAGACUUUUGGACGAAUCUGUGUCGAAGCAUUCAAGUUUGUUCGCGCUCUUGAAGACACCGAAGUUGGCGAGAAAGAAUCUGCUGAGUUCUUCGUUGAGCUUUCUAAGCCAUCUCGAAAGGUCACCUGGACUUUGAACGGUAACAAGAUCACUUCUGGAGGCGAUAGCGUCCUAAGAAACGAAGGCAAGAUUCUCACCUGCAUCAUGGACAAUGUUUCCAUGGAUAUGGCCGGAACUAUCGCUGUUGAAGUUGAACACAUUCGAUGUGAAGCUCAGCUCGCUGUUACCAAGGACAUCAAGUUUACUUCCAAGCUUGAAGACAAGUUUGCCACUGAGAAAGAAGAUGUUGUCUAUGAGAUCAGUGUUUCCUCCGUUGAUGCUGAAGUCACCUGGAGCGCCGAUGGCGAGCCAAUUGCUCAAGUCGAUGGUAAAUACACUAUCCAGAAGGACGGUCGAAAGCGACGACUUACCGUUCACAAUCUUACCAAAAAUGAUGCCAAAAGUACGCUGCUCACCUCAACGACCUCUCUGCUGGCUCUGCUUUGA